UGCUUUUUAAAGCUGUUAUGAAUAUGAAAAAAAAAUACUGUUUGCUUUCCAGCAGUAACUGUGUUACACAUCACGCUAAUUGGUAACGUAAGAGUGAGCAGAGAGGAUACGAAGCUCCUGCCCAGGCGGAUGUAGUUCACUGAUGCUGCGCCUGAGCGGCUUUCCUCAAAUCUAACUUAAAAAAAGAUAAAAUAAAGGAAAGAAAACUCAAAUUCCUCCGCCGACGUCUUCACCUUUAUUCUUCUGUAUCAUUCCCAACUUCCUCAUUACAGGUUUGGGCAAGAAAAGCUUUUCCCUUUAAACUUUUAGAGGCUGGGACCGCAGGAGGGGUUCUGAAUGGGAGAGACCUCGCAGAGAUGAGACGAGACAGCGGGUUAAAUUCACAGACGAGCGCGUUUGCAAAUCGCACCUUCUCAACUGCUGCCCGCAUGACAUCCUCUCUGGAACGCGCAUGGACCUUGGCGAAUGCUCCAAGAUCCAUGACCUGGCGCUGAGAGCAGACUAUGAGAUCGCGUCUAAAGAGAGAGACCUGUUCUUCGAACUGGAUGCGGUGGAUCACCUGGAGUCGUUUAUAGCUGACUGUGACCGCAGGACUGAGUUGGCCAAGAAGCGUCUCGCUGAGACACAGGAAGAGAUCAGCGCUGAGGUGGCUGCAAAGGCAGAAAAGGUUCACGAGUUGAACGAGGAGAUCGGGAAGCUGCUGGCAAAAGCUGAACAGCUCGGUGCUGAGGGGAAUGUGGAUGAAGCUCAGACAGUCCUACAGGAGGUUGAGAGAGUCCGAACUAAGAAGAAGGAUGCAGAGGAAGAGUACAGGAACUCUAUGCCCGCCUCCAGUUUCCAGCAGCAGAAGUUGCGCGUCUGUGAGGUUUGCUCCGCCUAUCUUGGUCUUCAUGACAACGACCGGCGUCUCGCUGACCACUUUGGCGGCAAACUGCACCUGGGCUUCAUCCAGAUCAGAGAGAAGCUGGAACAGCUGAAGAAAACUGUGCAGGACAAACAGGAGAAACGGAACCAGGAGCGACUGAGGAGGAGGGAAGAGCGGGAGAAAGAGGAGAAAAUGAAAAAACGGACUAAGUCACGCAGCCGAGAACGGAAGAGGUCUCGUUCUCGAGAUCGUGAUCGAGAGCGCAAGCGUCGGCGUUCCCGCUCUGCAUCACGAGAGAAGCGGCGUUCCUGUUCUCGCUCCAAAGAGCGCGACAGACGCCGGCGGCACCGGUCUCGCUCCAGAUCCCGCUCGCGCCACAGCCGAGACCACUCACACAAGUCUUCACGGGACCGUGAUCGCGAGAGGGACAGCAAGCGCAGUUCCUCCGAGCGGAGAUCAGACGGGAUGAACGGGAGGACGGAGUCUCGCCGUCAUGAUGACAGAGAGGCUGGAGAGAUCUGAAUCAUCUCACUCUACCAUAACAAACACACACAGCGCGCUCUCGUACAUAUACCCACUUUUUAUUUAUCAUGUUUGCUUGGUCUGUAGUAAACUGCCCACGCCCUGUUUCAUUACAGUCUUUGUAGUCUUUAAUAUCUCAGUCCUGUGAGACUCAAACCUGUCGGAUUCACUGUCAAAUGUUGGAAGGACAAUUGUGUGUGGAGGUAUUAUUUUGUUCCUUUUCUCAAAAGCAUGUACUGCCACUUUUUGUUGCGCCUCCAUAAUGUGUGUUUUUUUGGGGGGAUUGGGAUUUUGUUUUGUACUGUUUGUCCUGAGUGGAUGUGCAUGUUUUGCUGAAGGCUGUUCUGAGGUCAGUUUAAGUCCCCUUUGUUUAACUAGAGCUGCAGUAUUCCCUCAGAGAGAGAUGGAGAGUGACUCUCUUUGUAUCAAUAGCAGAGGCGUAGAAGUUUAAUCUAAACGAGUGAAUCCCUCAUGGCAUAUUGUUUCAGAUUUACCAUGUACAUGAUCUUUUAUAAGGCUGGUUUGAUUUCAUGUUGUCCUUAUCAAAGUGCAUUAAAUGGUUUUAUGAAUUUAAA